GGAGUUGAUUGUUUUGUCCCCUCUUUCCUCCUUUCCGUCACAUGUAUGGCAUAUAAUGAUCGGAUCGCACCCAACAUAGCAGGGGUAGGUUAUCUGCAUGCAUGUUGAAUGCGAUUGACCCCCAUAACCAACCCGUUGUUUCUCAUGUACACGCUCGCGUACGACCACGAUCUCGAGGAAGUCGAGUCGCUACGUACGCGCUCGCCUCCGAUCACGGAGGACGAGAUCCCGAACGACGAGGUGGAGCUACUGCUCAUCCAAGGGUGGAAAACGGACACGGAGGAAGAUCUUCUGGGGAUCAUAUUCGGAGAAGUGCGAGACGACCAUCUAAGCUCUAUUACGGACGAACUGCUGGUGUUCCUGACCCAAGUAUUGGACGAUCUGUCGUUGGAGAUCCUCUCGCAUUGCGACGAGAGACUGGGGACAGCUACACUCACUCGUACCCUCGAGCCUCAUCUUCUUUGGUCCACGUGUACGGAAUUGGAGGGGAACGGCUACUACUUACCCUCGAGGGGUGCGUACCUAAUCGUCGACGUUACUGACCUCUCCACAUGGGACCCGCUUAUUCGGCGCGUCCCUAUAGGAGAAACCAGUGAGGAGGUCGAGGAGGAAGAGGAAAGCGAGGGAGGCGGUCACCUCCAGUAUACGGAAGGGGACACGACGCCAGAGGAGGAGGGAUCGGUAGAUGAGUCAGACGAUCCUGAUUAUCAAGAAUCAGGGGACGCUGAGUCGGAGGAAGCCAGUUCGGGAGAAGCGGAGGAAGAAGGUGAAUCGGGGGGAUCAGGUGGCCCCAACGAAUUAAGCAGAGAAGAAAGAGAGGCCGUGGUGCAGAGGGUGUGGGCAGCAACAGAAGGAAAGCGGCCGAUCGAAGAGUCAGGAGCGCCGCCACUGCAAUUACUGCAGGGGGAUCUGGCGCGCAAUCUGGAACCGCCAAGGGGAGGAAGACGCAAGAGAUGGAGGCGCCACCGCUGAGGGAUCAAGAAGCAGGCGCCGCCAAAAAAGCGAGUCGCCCUCCCAAUCCUCCCCAAUUUGACCCGCAACCCUUCGUUUGCUUGUCACUUUCUUCCCCCUCCAUGUCCUUCUCUUCAGCGUAGAUUGGCAGGAGUAAAAUAAUAUAGAGGUC